AUGAAUCGAUUCGUAUUUAUCCAAAUUUUGUGUGCUUUCGUAUUAGCGAUACACGCGUUUCCUCAACAACCAAAAUCCAAAAGACCUAUACCCGUGUUUAAACAAAAUCAAUUAGGUGGAUUACAAUUACCAGACAAUGCGACACUCAUACGAGACAACAUCGUAGAUACAUUUUCCUGCAAAGAAAGAAUUUAUGGAUAUUACGCUGAUAUGGAAAAUGAUUGUCAAAUAUUUCACGUUUGUCUACCACAGACGAGAAAUGUCGCUAAAUGGAGUUUCAUUUGCCCUUCUGAAACGGUUUUCAAUCAGGCCACUUUCGUAUGCACGCGAACGGAAGAAUCUAUACCGUGCGAGGAAUCGGAAAAAUAUUACAGUUUGAACGAAGAAAUUGGUAAGGAGGAAGAAAAUACCGAAGAAGAGACUACCAGAUCUCUUCCAGUAAAUGCUGACGUCGAGCCAGUGACAAACAAACCAUUUUCGAGAACUUCGAGAAUUUUAAGUCGACAAGGAUCGUCUCAACGUUAUUGACGAAAUUUUUUAAUUACGUCGAUCGCAAAUAAUUUAACUUCUCUACUUCUACGUUGAACGAGAAACGAAAAAAUAAGAACAGCAACUUUUGUAUGCUACAUACGCUUGCCUUUAAUACAUAUAUCGCUAAGGUAUAAAAAAUAAAAAAUAAGAAAAAAGAAAGAAUUAUAUGUAUUAUGUAAGUAAUGUAAUAAUUUAAGAUGUUCCAGAUUUUGCUUUUGCUCUUUAGUUUUAAUAGUAAUCGUGUAAAAAAGAAAAAAGGAAAAAAGUUUUAAAUUAUUUUGAAUCAUUCGAAUGAUUCUUAAUUUUAAUUCGUUUGUAAAAAUUUGCGUUAUAAUAUUAGGAAUAUAUGUUAGUAAGUAUCGAGGGUGUCUUAUUAACUCCUACAAAAAUAUUAUUAAUUGUAUUAUAUGUUGGAAAAUAAAAGACUAAAAUUGUAGAACAUUUUAACACUUCAA